AAGCUUGGCUCGCAUCAUCAAAGUGCAGCUGCCUGCCUACCUCAAGCGCCUGCCCUUGCCCGAGAGCAUCAGCGGCUUCGUCAGGCUGACAGAUCUAGUGAGAGUUGUUCCUACCAGUCUUAAGAAUGACACUGUUGACUGCCAGGCCAGCCCAGCGCUGCAGUCUCUUCCCUGGAUCGAGUGGUGUUCUUUAUGCUUCCAGCAACAAGAUUUUGCAGUCUGAAAAUGGUUUCAGAAUGGCUGCGGUUAUUGCCGUUCCUGGGUGUCCUGGCACUACUUGGAUAUCUGGCUCUUCGUCCAUUCUUCUUGCGGAGGAAACAGCAGAAGGAUAGCUUGAUUAACCUCAAGAUCCAGAAGGAAAAUCCCAAAGUAGUAAAUGAAAUAAACAUUGAAGAUCUGUGCCUCACUAAAGCAGCUUACUGCAGGUGUUGGCGUUCUAAGACGUUCCCUGUCUGUGAUGGCUCUCACAACAAACACAAUGAAUUGACAGGCGAUAAUGUGGGUCCACUAAUACUCAAGAAGAAAGAAGUAUAGAGAAUCUCUAAUUCAUUAAAUCAUGACUGAUGUGAAGUCAUUUAUACACUCGUAGUUGCAGGACACAAUGUAUUAUGUACGUCUAAUGGUUGCUGUAGAUUUCCUUUUGGUUUAACCUAUAGUUAUAGGCAAGUGCUAAACCUAGGUCUGUGAUUUGAUACUUUGUAUGUUCUGAAGAAUCAUGUCUUAUGUAAAACUGUAAAGUAAACAUCUUUGUAAAUAAGCCUUUUUAUCUGAACAGUGACCACUCCCAAUCUUACAACUUAAUCUUUUCAGGAUGAACGUGAUGUAAUAAAAGCCAUACUACUCUUAAA